AUGCUCGUAUUCGUGACGUUGCUGCUGAUCGUGGUCGUCGGCGUCGACAUCGCGCUGGAGAGGAACAUCUUGAUCACCCAAUUCCUCCGCGACUCCGCAGUCAACAGCGUCCGCGACGAGGGAUUCACGUGCUCUCCGACAACAGUAAACACGAGCAGCAUCGAGUACCAUUCGCGCCACCGAUACUACACCCUCAUGAAAGGCAUGAACCUGCCCCCUCCAGUUUUCCGCGCCAACCACACGGUGCUCUGCAACGCCAGCGACAGCCUCAAGAAUGACCUCGCCUAUGGCUACUGCCUGCCGAUUUCCGGUCGCAAAGACGCUCCGUUCUGCGCUGGAGCUGACCGCAUGGAUCUCCUGACGCAGCAGUCGCGCGGAACCCGGUGCUACGCGAGUGUGCUGCAUAUGCUGCUGGUCGAAGUCUGCGAGGAGCUCCAAGCGUUCGGGAGAACCCCGCUCGUCGUCUUCGGCUCGCUGCUUGGUGCCGUGCGGAAUGGGUCCAUGAUCCCGUUCACUGAAGACACCGACAUCGCGUACAGUGGAGAGCUCAGUGAAGACGACGAGGUCGGCCGCGCCCUGGUGCAGAAGGGUUACCACUUCUUCUUCCUCAACAUUUGGAGGGUCUGUGUGGCACCCACGCACCCACUUGCAGCCAGCCUGUACGGCUCAACGCUGCCGAUCGCCCAAGCCUACAAAAUCCCAUACCUCGAUCUGUACGCUAUGGAGCAGCUGAACGACACAACCUGGACCAUAGAGGGGUAUCGAGGCGACACAAUCCCCGCCGACAAGGUGCAGCCGUUCUCCCAAGUGACGAUCAAUGGCCUGCCAUUCGACACCGUGCACGACCCAAACUAUUUCUUGGAGGAAAUGUACGGCGACGACUACAUGGUCCCGAAACCUCGCGGUUAG